CCGGGAAAUAACUAGGAAUUUUUUGCGGCAAUAAAAGUAAAUCAUGUCAUAAUUUUUAGGUUUAUUCACAAUUUUACUCGAAUUACAGAAAACUAGGUUGCCCUUUUGCAAUGUUGUAAUAUUUAGUUUUCCUUUAUCGCUUUUCAACUCUCAACUAUUAUUUUUUUGUUUAGUUUUAAAAAUUUCUGUCAUCGUCCAGUCAUGAACACGUGUUAACCCCUGAAAACUUAAAAUUUUCCCUUCUUUUCGACGAUAUGCGAUUUUUUUUCAAGUAUGCAUCAGUCCUAAAUUUAGCGUCCAUAGCAGAUCAAGUAGUAGGACUCGCUUUAGCAUCAGGUGACCUAAAAAAUUAUGAUUCUGAUCGUGGAUUUGGUAAUAUAUUCAAGUGGAGGACACUCAAUGAUGCUUUUAAGGAAGCAAAAUUAACCAGAAAACCCAUAUUUCUUGUGGUACAUAGACCAUGGUGUCCAGCUUGCAAGAAACUGAAAAUCAAUUUCGAAAAAUCAAUUAAGCUUCUUGACCUCAGCAAGCAUUUCGUCAUGGUGAACGUGGAGAAUACUGCGGAUAUGGUGAAUAAUAGUGGAAAGUUCUAUCCAGAUGGAAAGUACGUUCCAAGAAUUCUUUUCUUUACACCAGAUGGCGAAUUGAUCCAGGAUGCUUACAAUCGAAGUCCGAAAGCUGAUCCUGAAUUUCGCUAUUUUUACAAUAGUCCUGCGCCAAUUAUCGAGACUAUGGUUUACGUUUUAAAACAUUAUGUUAAAUCAGGAAGUUUUGAACCUGCACAAUAUGAAGGUGAACUAAAAAAGGCAGAAAUAAUAGAUGAUAAGUCAGAUUCUGAUAAACCUACUGUUUUGGAUUGAAAAAUUAGGGGUUGUAAAUUAAAACAGUUAACAGCAUCAAUCACACUAUUACUUGAUAAAUCAUAUCAUUA